AUGUGGGCCUUAGGGCCUUCGAGAAAGCUCGAUCCAAAGACGUGCACCACGUGGGUCGUGCGAUACCGGCGCCGUCGGAAGAUCUGUCGUUGGUAUCGCGCCCCGCGGCGCUUUUUAUUCACACGGGAGGAAUACGACAUCGUCGCCGAAGGCGAAACCGGCGUCGAGGCUCGUGGGAACUCCACUCCAUCGUGCGGUUGCUCGAAUCGAAGCGUCGAGCAGGGAGACCGAUGGCCUUCCCACACCGCCCCCGCCUCUUCCUCCCCCUUCACUUCCUCGUUGUCCUGGUGGACGACGGCGAUGCCGCGCGGGGCCAUCCCCGCGUGGUAA